AUGUCCAGUUCAAAUGGAACUGAAUUCCACCCCUCUUUUUUCCUCUUGCUGGGCGUUCCAGGUCUUGAAAAGAUGCAUGUGUGGAUUGGUUUUCCUUUUUGCUUUGUGUAUUUGAUUGCCCUGGUUGGGAACAUCAUUAUCUUGUUUGUGAUCAAGUGUGAACACAGUCUUCAUCAGCCCAUGUUUUACUUCUUAGCAAUGCUGGGCUCCAUUGAUCUAGGCCUAUCCACAUCCACAAUUCCCAAGAUGCUGGGCAUCUUCUGGUUUAAUUUACGGGAGAUCAGCUUUGGGGGAUGUGUGACCCAGAUGUUCUUCAUCCACAUAUUCACUGCAAUGGAGACUGUAGUGCUGGUUGCCAUGGCCUUUGACCGCUAUGUUGCCAUCUGCAAUCCUCUGCGGUACAGCCAGAUUCUCACCAACAGAACAAUAGGACUCAUCCUGGUGGUGGUGUUUGGAGUAAAUUUCAUUUUGGUCAUUCCUCUAGUAUUUCUCAUAUUGAGACUUCCUUUCUGUGGUCACCAUAUAAUUCCUCAUACAUAUUGUGAACACAUGGGGAUUGCUCACCUGGCCUGUGCCAACAUAAAGGUAAACAUGAUAUUUGGGUUGAUUCUUAUAUCAAUGGUGCUUGCCGACGUGCUUCUAAUUGCCAUCUCCUAUAUGCGGAUACUACGAGCUGUCUUCUGCCUUCCGUCCCGGGAUGCCAGGCUCAAAGCACUUAACACAUGUGGCUCCCACAUCUGUGUCAUCCUGGCCUUCUUCACUCCAGCUUUUUUCUCAUUCAUGACGCAUAGGUUUGGCAGAAAUGUUCCUGCAUACAUUCAUAUUCUCCUGGCUAAUCUAUAUGUCGUUGUUCCCCCUGCCCUGAAUCCUGUCAUCUAUGGGGUGAGGACUAAGCAGAUUCGGGAGCAGGUUUUAAGCAUCUUUUGGAAGAAAACUUGA